AUGAACCGGAUUGGACAACUGAACCAUCACCUCGAUCACUCCUCAAACCCAUCCAAUCACAAUAAGAAAAUGUCCUCUCCCAAAGGCGAUAUCGGUCUCAUCGGCUUGGCCGUGAUGGGCUGCAACUUGAUCAUGAACAUGAAUGACAAGGGUUUCACCGUCGUUGCAUACAACCGGACAGUCUCUAAAGUGGACGAGUUUCUUGAGAACCAAGCCAAGGGAUCGAACGUCAUCGGAGCUCAUUCGGUUGCAGAGCUUUGCGAAAAUCUGAAGACUCCUAGAAGAAUCAUCCUCCUCGUCAAGGCUGGUGAUGCAGUUGACGCAUUUAUUCAGCAACUUGAGCCCCACCUCGAGAAAGGUGAUAUCAUCAUCGAUGGCGGUAACUCUCAUUUUCCAGACACCAACCGAAGAUGCAAGGAGCUCGAGGCGAAAGGGCUGUUGUUUGUCGGCUCGGGUGUAUCCGGCGGAGAGGAAGGGGCAAGAUACGGUCCAUCACUCAUGCCUGGAGGCUCGGAUGCGGCUUGGCCUCACAUCAAGGAAAUCUUCCAAAAAACCGCGGCGCAAUCGGAGGGUGAACCCUGUUGUGAUUGGGUUGGCCAAGGGGGAUCAGGGCACUACGUUAAAAUGGUCCACAACGGUAUUGAAUACGGUGAUAUGCAGCUGAUUUGCGAGGCCUAUGAUAUCUUGAAGCGUGGACUCGGACUCAGUGAAGGCGAAAUCGGUGACAUCUUUGCCACCUGGAACAAGGGUGUUCUGGAUUCGUUCUUGAUGGAGAUCACCCGGGAUAUUCUCAAGUUCAAUGAUACGGAUGGCACUCCACUUGUCACAAAAAUCUUAGACAAAGCUGGUCAGAAAGGCACUGGAAAAUGGACCGCUAUCAACGCACUCGAUCUCGGGAUGCCUGUUACUUUGAUUGGGGAAGCGGUCUUUGCACGGUGCUUGUCAGGGAUCAAGGAAGAACGAGUCAAAGCUAGCAAACUACUCGGUGGCCCUCAGAUCGAAGCCUUCAAGGGUGACAAGAAACAGUUCAUCGACGAUCUCGAGCAAGCGAUGUACGCAAGCAAGUUGAUAUCCUAUGCGCAAGGCUUCAUGUUAAUGAGAGAAGCCGCCAAAGAAUACGGGUGGACUCUGAAUUACCCAUCGAUUGCACUCAUGUGGCGCGGUGGCUGUAUUAUCCGAUCCGUCUUCUUGGGUGAAAUCACCAAGGCCUUCCGAGCUGAGCCAGACCUUCAAAACCUAUUAUUCAAUGACUUCUUCAACCAAGCUAUCCACAAGUCCCAACCUGGAUGGCGCCGAAUCAUUGCUCAAACCUCAUUAUGGGGUAUCCCGACUCCUGCAUUCUCGACCGCUCUAGCGUUCUUUGAUGGAUACAGAACUGCCAACCUUCCGGCCAGUUUAUUACAAGCUCAAAGGGAUUACUUUGGGGCGCACACAUUCCGAAUCCUCCCCGAGCACGCUUCUGAGACCUACCCUGAAGGCCAAGACGUUCAUGUUAACUGGACUGGCCGCGGUGGAACGAUUGCCUCCACCACUUACGCCGCUUGA